AUGAACAGCGCCGAGCAGCAGGCAUGGUCGCGGCCGCCCGAGCAGAUGGACCAAAUGGCGCAGAUGAACAGCGACCUCGAUGACCUGGGCAACCUGUUCGAAUUCGGCGACAUCGACCUCAAUCCAAUCUCUGCCGUCGACUCGGCGCAUUAUGGCGACCACAUUCAGCACCCGGGCACCCACCCGAGUACGCCCUUCGACGAGAUCAACGAGGCUCAGGCCAUCUCAGGAUCCUCCGCCCAAGACUUCGGCUCACACGGCCAGUUUGGCAUGUCGCAGAAUGUGGAACAACAGCAGCACCACUUCGACGGCAGGCCGCAGACCAGUCACCCAUACCCGCAAGACCCAAUGUACCAAUCCGCCAUGCAGGCCCAGCAGCACCCAUACUACACAAACCAGCAGUUCCAGUUCCAAGGAUUACAAGGUUUUCCCCCGAAUCAGGUCCCGCCGACGCCAAACAGCUUUGGGAUGCAUGGGGAGCAGGGACCGUUCAUGCAGCAGCAAAUGGAUCCUCAACAGCGUGCGAUACUGGAGCAAAGGUAUCAUUUGAGCAAGGAGAAUAGCAUCGCUUUGACUCCCAUGGCCUCACCUGCCGGUACACCGCAAUACAACGUUCAACCCGAAUUCACCAUUCCAGGCGCAUACUUCUCUCCACUCACGUCGCCCAUCCUUCCACCGCAGAAUGGCCAAAAUGGCGCACACGGCCAUCAGGGCUACUACACAAACCCGAGCACCGCCCCAAGCUCAAACGCAACCUCGCCAUUGGACCCAAACGCGGAUGUGGACAUGGGCGGUGAUGAUGUGUCGGAAUCGGCUGGCACACAAGCAAAGAAGUCGAAGAAGUCGAGCAAAAAGAAGACGGCGACACGCAGAAGCGCAGGGCCGCUUGCGAGGGUUAAGAACAGUCCCAUUCAAAAAGCAAUGAAGCGGAAAUCGGGCACAAUGCUGUCUUCGCUUGCUCCACCAAGAGAGUGUGAUAAGGCUCCUCCACGCUCGUCCAGUGCACAACCCCCAUCAGCAGGCCUGCAGAUGCCUCGGAACGACAGCUCUGAGAAUGGUAGUAUCAGCCCAGAGCCGCUCAGCGAGGCUCUCAUGGGUCCACCACCUAGGCCUGGAUCUAGUUUGAAUCAGUCUCCCGCCUUGCCUGGGCAGCAGCAAGACGGAUCUUCCAGUCUUGGAAAGGCUGCGACCCCCAAAUCACUGCUUUCAAUGCGCGGUGACCAGCGAGGGGCAAAUCAACGGCAUGAACAGCAACAAGGAGACGUUGAUAAUGAUCAGAUGGAGUUUGAGGAACUCCAACUUCCGGCCGCUGCUGCUGACGAUUCGGCAUCACGACCUCCUCUUCCACAGAUCAACACUCAAAUCCAGCAGUCGAACUCAAACGACGACACGCCACGAUUAGCAGCACGCAAGACUCCAAAGCUGGGCCCAUCAAGUACGCCAUCCUCGGCGAGGCCAUCCUCGAGCAUGGCGAGUCCCUCGGUAAUGGGAUCUCCAAUGACGGCGUCUACGCCAGGUGCACUUCUCAAGGACCGAAAGCAAGACCCUAAGGGCGGCAAACCCAACAAAAAGAGGGGGAGUAUGAGUGGCACUGGCUCCGCUCUUGUCUCACCAGCUCUUCGACCACGGAUCAGUCCCAGCAUCAAGCCAUUGCUCCCAGAAGGUGCGAGUCUCCACUCUCCUACUCACGCUCUUCUACUUGCUUCCAAAUCAAACUACCAGAACCUACUCGAGGGUAACCAUCUUCCCGGCGUCAACUACCCCGACUCUCUUUCAACUGGAUUGACCUCAAAACGGACAUCCCACAAGGUUGCUGAGCAAGGACGGCGAAAUCGUAUCAACGAAGCGCUCAAGGAGAUGCAAGCUCUCCUGCCAAAGACCGCAACCAAGAAGGAGUCAAACAGUGACGGCAGUCCAGAAGCCAUGAUAGAUGGCGACAAGGAAUCCAAGGAAGAUGCCCAAGUCAAGAGCAAUAGCAGCAAGGCCGCUACAGUCGAAUCUGCCAACGAAUACAUCCGGAAAUUGCAGAAGGAGAACGCGUUGCUGCUCAUGAUCAAGAAAGAACACGAAGAAAUGAAGAAGAAGCUGGACGAGCAGGGCAACUCAGCUGCAUCGACCGAAAGUUCAGCAAGCGCUGUUGGCAGCGCGAGUCCUGCUCCUGCAUCUUAA